CUGCUUUCAGGUGGCUGUUCAACCCGUUCGCGAUACGAGCAAAAAAAAGUAGCUCCAUCACAUCGAUUUGCUGAUCUUGAAGACUGUAAAGAAGCUUAUUGGGGUUACUGCCGAAACGGUGGUAUUUGUAAAAUGACGACAGACAUCUCGAAACGAGCUGUGCCUGCUUGCUCUUGCCCAGCAGGAUUCCGUGGCAGGCAGUGUGAACUAAUCAGCGAUCCAAACAUUUACUUCUCACGGCAACAAGGUCAAAUGGAAAUGGCAGCAAUGUCCAGCCUUUUACUAGCAAUUGUGUUUGCGCUCUUGUUCGCAUCGUUUGUGUUGUACUUUUAUAGGAGAUAUAUGAAAUACGGGAUGCGGACAAGUAGUUCAUUAUCAACCCUUGAUACUUUGGAGCUUUCACCUUCAGAUCAACAGAAAGCUAGGAAUCCGGAGCAAAAUACGGAUGAUCUCAAGAAGAAAAUGAAAAGGGUAACACUGUAA